CUAGAACUAUAAAAGACAACGGGGGCACGUUUUCGGUAUUCAGUUCUCUUCGAACCAGCCAGCAACCCCUUGCAUGUGUACCACGAUGAAGCCAUUGUUAAUAGCGUCGAUCUUAGUCCUUGCAGCAGUGGCAGUAAAUGCCGAGGGCAAGGAGAAGAAAUCGACGGCUGAAAAGAAACAAACCAAACGUGGAUUGCUCAGUUUGGGCUACGGAUAUGGUAGUGACAUCGACCACGGUUACUCGGUUGGAGAUGGGGGUUGGGAUGGUGGACUUUCCCUGGGCGGCGGUGGCGGCUAUGGAGGCUACGGCGGCAUUGAUCUAGUGUCUGGUGGUGCUGGUUAUGGCGACUACGGUAGCCUACAACCAUUUUACUUGGGAUCCCAUGCAGAAAAAACCAUCACGGUUGUCAAAGGCGUACCAGUUCCAUACCCAGUGGAGAAGCACAUUCCCUACCCGGUAACCAAACACGUUCCCUACCCAGUUAAGGUCGCAGUGCCCGCCCCCUAUCCGGUAGUGAAGCAAGUUCCCUACCCAGUGAAGGUCCCGGUCCACAUUAAGGUUCCAGUUCCCCAACCCUACCCCGUCGAAAAAAUCGUCCAUGUUCCCGUCAAGGUUCCAGUCGACAGGCCUUACCCCGUAAAGGUGUUGGUACCCCAACCCUACCCAGUAGAAAAACACAUCCCCUACCCAGUGAAGGUGCACGUUCCCCAACCCUACCCGGUUGAGAAACAAGUUCCCUACCCAGUCAAGGUUCCAGUGCACGUGCCCCAGCCCUACCCAGUCUACAAGGAGGUUCCCUACCCAGUCAAGGUAGCCGUAGACAGGCCUUAUCCAGUCCAUGUGCCUCAACCCUAUCCAGUUCAUGUGAUCAAGAACGUUCCCUACCCAGUGGAAAGACCCGUGCCUUACCCAGUCAAGGUAGCUGUAGAUAGACCAGUGCCAUACCCUGUGGAGAAACCGUACCCAGUUGCUGUCAAGGUACCCUACCCGGCUCCAUAUCCAGUGGAGAAACCAGUUCCAUACCCGGUAGAGAAGCCGGUGCCCUACCCAGUUAAAGUGGCCGUGGACAGGCCCGUGCCUUAUGCCGUAGCCAAACCAGUACCCUAUGCAGUGGAGAAACCAGUACCUUAUCCAGUCAAGGUACCAGUAGCCGUGCCAGUGCACGGAGGCGGCGGCUGGGAGGGCGGAUAUGAAAGCUACCAUUAAACAACCGAAUAUACUUCAGGCGCACCGGGUGUGUAGUAUUCCUUGUGUUACUGGAACUGGAACCGCUACCCACUACGUUUAGCCCCUAAACAUGAGUAAAUGUUCUGGUUCGAGCCCUUUCUGUACUAUAUUGAUGUUUCUUGUUUUUCAACUGUUCACCUGACCUGUUAUGUAUUUUGUCCCUGUUCAUUAUUUAUGAGGAAAACAUGCCAAAUAAGUUAAGUUUUUCUACUUAUAACUUAUUUUUGUAGAAAAUAUACGUAUUUUUGUACAAUA